GAAGCGCGCAUCUCUCCACAGACGCACAGAAGCUCCGAGCUGGAUAUUCCGUGCGCUGGAACACUGAGACAUCUGUAGACGGUUCACACCAUCCUUUGAAGAUGGAGGUUUCGGGCAGUGGGUGGGCAGCUGAGUUCACCCCUCCGUGUGUGACACAAGCUGCAAAUGGAAAUGACUCUGGUCAGGUGUUUGAGGUGGCGCUGCAGAACAGCUCCUCCAAGCGCAGCCCCCAGUUUGCGGGCGUGGAGCUGCUGCAGUCCUUCAAGCUGCUAAUCAUUCCCUGCUACACCCUCGUGGCUCUGGUGGGCGUCUUUGGCAACUACCUGCUCCUCUACGUCAUCUGCCGCACUCGCAAGAUGCACAACGUCACCAACUUUUUCAUUGGAAACCUGGCUUUCUCUGACAUGCUGAUGUGUGCUACGUGUGUCCCCUUCACACUGGCCUACGCCUUCAACCCACACGGUUGGGUGUUUGGUCGCUUCAUGUGCUACUUGGUGUACCUCAUACAGCCGGUGACGGUGUACGUGUCAGUGUUCACCCUCACUGCCAUUGGUGUAGACAGAUACUAUGCCACGGUGCACCCUUUAAAAAAGCGGAUCUCGGUCUUGGCGUGCACCUACCUCCUGUCUGGGAUCUGGCUGUUGUCCUGUUGUCUGGUGGCCCCGGCUGUGGCUCACACCUACCACGUGGAAUUUAAAAACGAAGGCUUCACCAUCUGCGAGGAGUUCUGGAUGGGCCAGGAGAGGGAGCGGUUGGCCUACGCCUACAGCACUCUCUUCAUCACCUAUGUCCUGCCUCUGUCGGCCCUCUGCAUCUCUUACCUGUGCAUCUCCGUCAAACUGCGGAACUGCGUCAUACCCGGCCACCACACAGAGAGCCAGGCAGAGGCUCAGCGCGUUCGCAAACGCAAGACCUUCCGUCUGGUGUCCCUGGUGGUGGCGGCAUUUGGCAUCUGCUGGAUGCCCAUCAGCGUGUUCAAUGUCCUGCGUGACAUUGACAUCGAUCUGAUCGACAAGCAGUACUUUCUACUCAUUCAGCUGCUUUGCCAUCUGUGCGCAAUGAGCUCAUCCUGCUGUAACCCUUUCCUCUACGCCUGGCUGCACGACCGCUUUCGAGCUGAGCUUCGCAAAAUGUUCACGUGCCGCCGUCGCAUUGGCAUCUCAGCCAACAACUGCGCCACAGCCAGCGUGGUAUUGUGA